UAUAAAAGUACCCUCCAUGCGUUAACGAAUCUUCAUCGAUCAAACUCAUCAAAGUCUAAUAUCACAAAGAAAGAGUUUAAUAUUCUAUAGCUUAGCUCAAAGUGUUUGCUUAAGAGAAGAAGAAGAAGAAGAAGAUGGCGUCUUACCAGAACCGUCAAGGAGGUCAGGCCACUGACGAGUACGGAAACCCGAUCCAGCAGAGGGACGAGUACGGAAACCCGAUCCAGCAGAGGGACGAGUACGGAAACCCGAUGGGAGGAGGAGGAGGUUAUGGAACUGGUGGCCAAGGAUACGGUACCGGGACCGGGACUGAAGCCUUUGGAACUGGCGUAGGAGCUAGGCACCACGGCCAAGAGCAACUCCACAAGGAAAGUGGUGGUGGCUUGGGAGGAAUGCUUCACCGCUCCGGAUCUGGAUCCAGCUCUAGCUCGGAGGAUGAUGGACAAGGAGGGAGGAGGAAGAAGGGAAUAACACAAAAGAUUAAGGAGAAGUUGCCAGGUCAUCAUGAUCAGUCGUCUGGUCAAGUUCAAGGGAUGGGCGGCAUGGGAACCGGAUAUGACGCUGGUGGCUACGGCGGUGAGCGCCACGAGAAGAAGGGGAUGAUGGACAAGAUCAAGGAUAAGCUUCCCGGUGGUGGUGGCCGUUAAGCUUCAAACAAACAAACGUCUAUACAUAUUAAAUAAAAAUAAGGAGGGUGUAUAACGCAGUCGCAUUUGGUCGUUGUAUGUGUGCUUUUUAUGUAUGUACGUCAUGCGAUGUGUUGUUGGUUUAUAUGAGUGUGUGAGACAGGAGUGUGUAAUGAGCAUCUGGCUCUUUUUAUGUUCUGAGAUGUUUGUAUUAUGUAAUUUCAUAUCUAUAAAUUUACUUUUCUUCUACUUAA